CUAUGCACAAAGCCUAUGAAGUGGAAAGGAGGGUUCUCAUCCAUCGUUGAGAUGUUCAUUUAUGACUGAGAGACAGAACUCAGAAAGAAGGGAGUGUGUACUGAUUUGUACGAGUGGAUCUUGGUUGUGAGCAUCAGCAUGGCACAGUGGUGGACUUUACUCACUGUUGUUUACCUGUGCAGCUACUGUGCUGCCAGUCAGCACCACAGGAAAGUGCUGUACCCAUCUGCAUACAGGAUAAAACGGGGAACAUAUUCACUGAUCAACCCCACAUUCCAGCACUCAGUGGAGGACAUCAAGCUGCUUUUUGAGAUUCUGCUGGGUGGAAUGCAGAUACAAGGUGAUGGACACACCCUGCUGAUUCCAGAUGAGGAGUUGGCCUCCCUGAGAAGUGUGGAAAAGCUGGAAGUCAUCUGUGAGGAAGUACUGCCUAAAAGGCUCUCCGACAUCAGGCGUCUGACGGCUGAGCUCACCCAGCGGCGCCAACCUCUGAGCUGGCAGGACUUUGAGAGGACAGUGCUGACGUUAGUGUACACCACUCAGACCCUGGCUCGUAUCACCAACAAGCACCAGAAAGAGAUAUGGACCGACACCCUAAUCCAGCUGUUCCAAGCUCUUCAAAAGGAUCUCAAACCCUUUUGAGGAAAGAAGUUGUCCAUAUUUUUUUCAGUAGUGGAGAUGUCGUUUAUCCAUGCCAUUUCCAGUGUCCUGCAAAAUUUAAAAACAAAUUAGAUUAUUAUAUUGCUUUUUAUAUGAAACUAUUUGUAUAUACAAAUACAAAUAUCAAAAAAUGUAUAUAAAAUUAUAUAAGCAAUUUAAUUUUUAACCAAAAAAUGUAACUAAACUCAGGGUCCAAACUCACUUUUAUCAGCGCUUUCAACCUUGACUUCCAGUCUUAUCUGACUGGGCUAAUUCCAAUUAAGAGCUCAAACCACAAACUCCUGAAAAGUUAUAUCAUGUGCUUCUGUUUUCUUUUGUUACCCUAUGUGAGGUAAAUAAUAAAAUUUAAAUUCUCAACAGAUCAGCGUAUCUUACUUUUCUAUAAACUUAUUUAAGCACAAGUUUAGAUCAAGCAGACCUCAAGGUCCCAGUACAUCAGCUCAUAGCUGAGCUGUCAGAUGAUAUGGGCUUGCAGAGAUCGGCUGCUCUCACUUUCCUGGAUUUUGUUUCUGAUCAUGUAAAUCCACGGCAUCAAAUGAGACUCAACCUUCAGCAAAGCGAAGUGGUCAUGGCUGAAGUCCCUUUUCUUUUAGCUAUCUACUCGAAAUGUAAUGAUCAUCAAAGAUGGUUUGUUAUCAUUUUACAGCAAAAUCAGUGUAUAGUCUAUCCCUACAGUCACACCAGGUAUUUUAGACAUGUUUCAAUGUCCAAAAUUACUAUGCAUUGACCCACCCCCUGAGUCUAGAAUUCCCCCAAACUAUUUUAGAGUGAUUUACAGAGUAAUUAAUCAUAACUGCAGCAGUUUGAGUCACAAAUAUUCUCACAAUAUAGGCUAUUUAGGCUAACUAGAUUCCACCUACACAUGAUUAAUUUAAUAUCAUAAUACAAUGACAUUGUAACAAACCAUCAGUCUAAUAUCCAAAAUAUAAGGUUUAAACCAAAAAAGCCAAGCAUACUAAUAAAGGUAAACCAUUAACUACUAUUAAAUCUGUUUUUGAGCUAAAUAAUGAAUUACUAUCACGUUUCUUAAUGAACUAGUUCUGUUUUGUUACUGCAUCAGUUGUGUUACGUCUCAGCUCCCGAGUGUGUGUUUGUUUUACGCUCACUAAUGCAUUAUUUCUGAGCCCACUUAUUUGUACAUCGUGAAGAAAUCAAAUUAAAUCAACAAUGCUUUUGAGCCCCGCAUAUGCAUACAAGCCAGAGGAUGGCCUCAUUAAUCAAGUGCGUCCCGGUGUGCUCAAAUAAACUUCUCAAACUUAGUUUAAUGAAAAUACAUCACAUAAGUACACACAUACGCGCAAUUACCUCAAAGUUUUUCCUUCUGAUUUUUCUGAUUAUACUGAUCUUUGACCUACUUUCAAAAAAAAUACUAAAUCAAAGUGGUACAUUAGUUUGACAACUCCAUGGGAAGUCACCUCAAGCCCCCUGCCAUGCCUGUGUACAUGUUUGGUGCCAUCAGAUAACUUUAGAAGGCGUAAGAUGCUUUGCUCUGUCUGGAAAAGAUUGCUCAGCUCAUUUGAUUUGCCACUAAAAGCCCUUUGAAUAAAACCCACGGAUUUAUACUUAAGAGUCUGUGUACAUCAAUACGCUUGAUUGCAUUUCUGCAGUCUGUAAAAUAUCUGAUGGAUAUGUGCUUCAGAGCUACCCAUUUCCCCAUUCAUUAUGGGAAAUAGGUACUUAAGCUUUUGUGCAGUUCACUCAUCAAGAAGGGGAUAGAAAGCAGAUAUAUGGUUUGUGUUGUUUUCCCUCCAGAGUUGAUUAGUUUUACAUUUGCUUACACCUUACAGUAUUUCGCUCAAUUCAUACUUUUAUGUAACCGUGGAAAUGUUCGUCACUCCCUGUCACCCAGAUCGCAUCUUCAGUUGCAGCUUCUGUAAAUGUAUACGUUAAUCGCAGCAUUUUCAGUGUCUUUCUCAGCAUGUCAGCAUUCAUUGGCACUGACUAGAGGGGGCUGAUUAAUGAGGAAGUCAGGAAGACUGCAGCAAGGAAUUUCCUUCCAAGGCGACGGAUCAGCCUUCACCCUCGGCACCACUCUAACUAUAAUAGUGACCGAUGAGUCUUGCAUUUGACACGGCUUGUUUUUUGAACUCGCUUUGUCAGUUUACGUUGUUUAAUGCAGAUGUUAUCAUUUUCAAGCAGAUUCCAUGUUGCCAGUGACUUUCCAGACUGACUUAGAGAGGAAUUGUGAGAUUGUGGAAUAUUUGCCGAGCCUCUAAUUAAAUUUUCCUCUGUUAUCACAUUCAAUAUACAAAAUAUCGGGGACAUGACGUUCCAUUUGUGCAAUCUAAUCCUUAAUUGUCAUAAAGUUUUAAAAUGAUCUCACAAAGUGCUCUGCUAGGCUUCAUUUCCUUCCCCUUUCUCUGUGAUUGUGGUGCAGAUUUAAUAAGAAAAAUCAGGCUUUUGCGUGGAUUAUUGACUUAUCAGUCUGCUUCAUGAAAAAUGAGUCUGCAAUAUUUUAUUCAUUUAGAGUAUUAUCCCUAAAUGUCAAGUGGAGCCCUCUGCAUGUUGAGAGAGCAUCACCAAGUGGCUGCUGACAGAACUGCUCUCCUCAUCUGAUACUGCAUGUCUCUAAAGUGUCCAUAACACCCGUAUCAUGUCUUCAUAU